AUGAGCCUCUAUCUAUAUAUGUAGUCCCCAGCUCUAAAGCUCUGUACUCGUACGGAUCCUACCCUCCGAAAAUUGAAGAAGAUGGGUGCUUUCAGAGUUGUUUUGAUGUUAGUUUACUGUGUUAUAAUGGUUAGUGAUUUUAGUGAAGCAAAUCUACAUGGAGCAUUAUCAGCAUAUAAAAGAAAACUGAUUGAUCAGGCAAACAAGGAUGGUCCUUAUCUGGGUUUGGUCAUUCCCAACCUUUUUGAGAUGAAUCCUCUUCUUCAAUCUCCAAAUUUCACUGCUACUGACCUCAUCAUUGAUUUUUCUGGAAGGAGAUUUCGGUUUGGAACCAUAGCUGAAAAGAAGGUUAUAUUGGUGAUGACAGGACUAAGCCUGAUAAAUGCAGGUGUAACCACACAGCUACUGCUGAGCUUUUUUAAUGUAAACGGAGUUGUUCACUAUGGAAUUGCUGGAAAUGCUAACCCUUCUCUUAAUAUUGGAGAUGUUACUAUUCCUCAAUAUUGGGCACAUUUAGGUCUUUGGAGUUGGCAGAGGUACGGAAAAGGUCCCAAAGAUGAGCUGCCAUUAGAAUCAAAUGGUGACUACACAAGAAAAAUUGGGUACAUUAAAUUUGCAAAUUACAGUACGAAUGUGAGUGAGUGUGGUUCACAUGAUAACUUGUUGAACAAUGUUUGGUACCAACCUGAAGAAGUUUUUCUAGUGGAUGCAACUCCUGAAAAUAGGGGACAUGCCUUUUGGGUUCCUGUUGAUUCCAAUUACUUUCAAAUUUCCAAAGCUCUGGAGAGCAUGAAACUACAAGGAUGCUUGAACUCAACAACAUGUUUAUCGGAGACACCGAGAGUGGUGACAGUAGAAAGAGGAGGAAGUGCAAGCAUAUACUUAGACAAUGCUGCUUAUCGUAGCUUCAUAUAUAAAAAGUUCAAUGUAAGUCCAGUAGAGAUGGAAACUGCAGCUGUGGCUUUGAUUUGUCAUCAGCAGAAAAUUCCUUUUAUUGCUAUUAGGGCUCUUUCAGACUUGGCUGGUGGUGGAUCUGCCCAUUCUAAUGAGGCUGACACUUUCACCUCUCUUGCUGCUAACCAUUCUGUUGCUGUCGUUUUGGAACUUAUCAAGCGUUUGCCAUUAACCAAGAGGCAUUCUUAGAGAUGAUUAAUUAAUUAUUUGGCCAAGAGGGGGUCUUGCCCACCAUGAUUAGGGUUGUCAAUGUUUAAACCCUAACUUCUGCAUUACGAUUAAUUACAAUAAAAUUUUUAUUAAUGUGUUAGUCUUUUACUA